AUGGAGACGGCGACGGCGACGGCGAUUUCAGAAGACUCACCUGGUGCCAAGGAAAAACCUUCUGGAGAGGUUUUAUCGGAUGCAAAUCCUUUGUGGAGAUGCUACGUUGUGGGCUAUUUCAUUGGAGAUGCUCCUCAUGUAGGAUCAAUCCAUGCCACUGUAAAUCGGAUCUGGGCUAAUCCAAAGAACAAGACUAAGGUUGAUGUUCAAUUUAUUGAGAAGAAUACUGUCAUGUCCCCGAUUCUGGAUAGGAUCGCCCGGACGGACUGCGGUGCGUGGAAAUGCACCAGUAUGCCUGGGGAUACACACAAAUGGUUAGGAGAGAAGGGAGAAGGCCGGACUCCACUUCAAGAGGCCAAAUGUGUGAUCAAACCAAAAUCCUACUCAUCUAGGUACUUAAUGAUCGGUGGUGUGGAAACAUACGUACCUUUAGACAUUGGAGCUACACAUAGUUUUGUGAGUCCAGGAAUGAUCGGAAAGGGUUUGUUCCAGAUGGGAACAGGGGAUUGUCUUGUCAUAGUGAAUGAAACCGGUGAGCAGGUGAUGGAUUCACUAGGGCUGGUUAGAGACAUUCCGGUAUUGAUCACAUACAGGGUAAUGCAUGCGGAUCUGAUUGUUGUCCGCCUUGUGAAUCAUGAGGUGAUAGGCAUGGACUGGCUUGGAAAGAAUCGGGCCACCUUGGAAUGUCACAGAGGAAUGGUGCAGUUUGAGAAAGACCCACCUGGUGCCAAGGAAAAGCCUUCUGAAGGAGAGCGUGAUAAGACUUCGAGGACAGAGAACACCCUGUCGGAGGCUGGGGAGGAGAUUGCAGAAUCGGGAGAGGGAUUUCCUCCCCCGUCCUCACCUUGGACGAGGGAUAGGGAAGCAUCGUUACAACCUGUUUUUGAGGAAACUAAUGGAGUGGUAUCAAUGGUGAUCCCAACAGAGGUCUUAUCUGAUGCAAAUCCUUUGUGGAGAUGCUACGUUGUGGGCUAUUUCAUUGGAGAUGCUCCUCAUGUAGGAUCAAUCCAUGCCACUGUAAAUCGGAUCUGGGCUAAUCCAAAGAACAAGACUAAGAUUGAUGUUCAAUUUAUUGAGAAGAAUACAGUCUUUUUCCGUAUCGAGAAUGAACAAAUGAGAGGAAGAGUCCUGCAGAAGAAGUAUUGGCACAUAGCGGAUAUCCCACUGGUGGUGAAUGAAUGGUCUCUGGAGACUGCAACUCUGAAGCCUGACCUCACUUCCAUGCCAAUGUGGAUCGAUUUGAGGGGGGGUACAGAGAGGUGUAUACGUUUGGAUAUUGCACGACUCCUAGUGGAAGUUAAUCUUCAUAAGGAGCUGGUAGAGAGGAUCGAUUUCCAGGAUGCUAAUGGGGAGAAGGUUUCGGUCGAAGUUUGUUACCCUUGGUUGCCUCCAAAAUGCAGUGUGUGUAAGGCGUGGAGACAUAAGGGAGUGGACUGUAUUUCACCACAUGUUAAGAUCCUGAAGGCUCAGUCUGCUAAGGGAAAAGAGAUAUGCACUUCAGAAUCAAACGAGAUUGCAGAGGUUGGUGUGAGACAGAAUCAGAAUGUGGUGGGAAAGUUAUUGCAGGAGUUAGAAGAUAUGGCAGUGCAGAAGUCAACUGAAGUGGGUUCUUCAAGUGAUCGCUUGAUUGAGAUGUAUGGUGAGGGAGCAGGAUGUGGUGACAGUACUGAUCCACCAUUGAAUGCGGAGGGAUAUGUGGAAGCGUUUAGACUUGAGGUUGGUGCAGGCUCAUUCAGCAGCAGCAAAAAAAACUUCCUUUCGGAAGUUAUGACGUUUUUCUUUGCAUGGAACAUGCGUGUCUUUAAUAUGUCACGCAAACACGUAGCUGUACAUAGAUGGAUAAUGAAGGAGAAGCCAUUAUUUGGCUGCUUACUGGAGACAAGAGUAAGAGAAGAAAAUCAUAGUAAGUGCAUGAAGGCAGCUCUACCGGGCUGGUCUUCAAUCAUAAACUACGAUCACCAUCGUCUUGGAAAGAUCUGGUUUUGCUGGUCCGAUAGAGUACAGGUCACUAUGUUGCACAAGAGUUCUCAAGUUAUCACUUGUGCAGUUCAAAUACCUGAGACGAAGGAGCAGUUUAUUUGUUCUGCGGUAUACGCUUCUAACUUUGAAGUUGAGCGUAGAGAACUGUGGGAAGAUAUGCGAGGCACACUUGCAGCUUAUAAGCAUCUCGACAUGCCAUGGAUCCUAUUAGGAGAUUUCAAUGUCAUGUUAUCUUCAGGGGAACAUUCGCGGCAAGAGACAGAUCCUAUUGGGAAAAAGCUUGAUAGGGCUCUCAUUAAUGGUGACUGGCUGCGCGUUUUCCCUAAGUCUUUUGCCAAGUUCGAAGCUGGUGGAAUUUCUGAUCAUGCCCGAUGUGUUAUUCAGCUGUCUGAGAAUAGAGAGGAGGCCUUGAAGUAUGAGAUGAGACUCAUGAAUAAAACGCAUUAUGGUGAUCUUCCUGCCCGUACCAAGCAAGCUUACGAGGUGAUGUGCGACUGUCAGAAUCAGGUUUUGAGGGAUCCAAAUCCUAUGACCUUUGCGGCUGCUGCAGUAGCAUCAGACAGGUGGAAUAAGCUGGCUCGCAUAGAAGAGAAAUUUUUCAGACAGAAAUUUUGUAUCCGUUGGCUAGCUGCAGGGGAUCUAAAUACUAAUUUCUUUCACCGGUCUGUCCAGUCCAGAGCCUCUUGGAAUGCUAUUCGACAACUUCAUACUGAGAGUGGAGAGAUUCUCAAUGACCCUGCAGCAAUUUCUCGGGAAGACCAUGGGGCAGCUGACGUUUCAAUAACCAGUUUGAGGGAGUUACUUACUUAUAGGUGCGAUCUUCACGCAGCAGCAAGGCUUGUAGCUCCAGUACUGCCUCCCGAGAUACAAGAAGCAAUUCACUCCUUACCUGAUGAUAAGGUCUCUGGUCCGGAUGGCUAUACCAAGGAGUUCUAUGUGGCGGCUUGGCCGAUAAUAGGAAGAGAUUUUAUAGUUGCUGUGCAGUCAUUUUUUAUAUAUGGGUUUCUGCCCACUGGAGUCAAUGCGACGAUCCUCUCUCUUAUUCCCAAAACAGAAUCAGCUCGGACAAUGAAGGAGUAUCGGCCAAUCGCCUGCUGCAACUUUUUGUAUAAAGUUAUCUCCAAGAUCCUCGCGUCUAGACUCAAAGCAAUUCUCCCUGAAGCUAUAGAGGCCAACCAGUGUGCCUUUAUUAAGGGAAGACUCCUGCUGGAAAAUGUGCUGCUCGCUUCAGAGUUGGUUAAUGGAUAUCACAAGAAGAAAAUACAGACAGAUGCACCAUUAACCUUCUCAGUCUCGGUUAAUGGAAGUCUAAAAGGGUUCUUCACAAGCGCAAGAGGCAUAAGACAAGGAUGCUCUCUUUCUCCAUAUCUAUAUGUCAUCAUCAACAAUGUGUUGUCUAAGAUGCUGAAUCAAGAAGCUGGUGCAGGUUUAUUUGGUUAUCACCCUCAAUGCCAAGGAGUGGGGCUUACACAUCUGAGCUUCGCUGAUGAUAUCUUAGUUUUCACCAAGGGGACAGUAGACUCUUUGAAGGGGGUAAUGCAGACUAUGGAAAAAUUCGCAAAUAUGUCAGGACCGGGUACUGCAACUGUCUGUGAAGAAGCUCUCAGUUUAGGGAUUGCAGUAGGCAGCUUGCCUAUUCGGUAUUUGGAAAGUUUAUGCCGUGCUUUCUUGUGGUCGGGUUCCCCAAACCAGACACAUAAAGCUAAAGUUAAAUGGGACGAUCUGUGUUAUCCUAAAUCAGAGGGGGGACUGGGAAUCAUGAGGCUUUGUGAUUCGGUUAGAGUUUUUGCGCUCAAAUUGAUCUGGAGAUUAUUCACUGUCUCUAAAUCUCUUUGGGUCUCAUGGAUUCAACAUUACCUUCUCCGGCACAGUUCAUUUUGGGAUGUUCGAGAUGACACUUUGGGCUCCUGGAUUUGGAGGAAACUUCUCAAGAUGAGAGACAUGGCGUAUCAGUUCAUUAGGGUCGAAGUGGGGAAUGGUAACUGUGCUUUCUUCUGGCACGGUGACUGGCUACGUAUGGGGAAGCUUAUAAAUAUUACAGGAGCUACCGGUACGCGUUAUCUUGGGGUUCCGCGUAAUGCUAAAGUAAGUGAUGCUGUCUCUGAGGGCCAGUGGAAGAUAAGGGGCCAACGGAGUCGUCAUUAUCAUGAGCUGCAUCAUAGAGUCCAGAUCGAACCAGUUCCUAAUGUUUCAAAGGGACCUGAUACGUUCCUUUGGAGAUAUGAUGAAGGGGUUUAUCAAGACAGUUUCAAUGCAGCGAAAACAUGGGAGCAGAUACGGAGCAAGCGAGCUGAAGUAGUUUGGAGUAGAAGUGUUUGGUUCACACAAGGGAUCCCUAGGCAUGCAUUCCUAGUCUGGCUUGCGAUUCAGAAUAGGCUAUCUACAGGGGACAGAAUGAGAAAGUGGGGAAUCCUUCAGGGCUGUGUGUUAUGUGGUGAAAGAAAUGAGACACGAGAUCAUCUGUUUUUCGUAUGUCCAUACUCUUAUACAGUAUGGGAUCGUCUCGCUAGCAGAUUGGUUGGAAGGAGGAUAAACCCGGACUGGCAUGAUAUGCUAAGGCUGUCGUGUACCAUAUUUUCCAAUGAGAUGGAUAUGAUUCUCAUUCGUCUAGUGUUCCAGGCUGUCGUGUACUAUAUUUGGCGAGAACGGAAUACACGAAGGCACCAACAAGGUCAACAGGGAACUGAGCAAAUGAUCAAAACAAUUAACAGAGGUAUCAAGAAUCGGAUUAGCUCUCUUGGUUACAAGGCGGGUCACAAGUUCAAUGGACUUCUUAGGAGAUGGUUUGAAGUCUUUGAUUAG